AUGCCGGUCAUCUCAGUGGUGGAAUAUGAUCCCGCUUGGCCGGACCACUUCAAGCAGAUAGCCGAAAAGCUAAGCUACUAUCUCAACCUUUGCGGUGUUGAGUACCUAGCGAUCGAACACGUUGGCAGCACAGCGGUGGCGGGUCUGAUAGCGAAGCCCAUAAUCGACAUCAUCAUUGAAGUGCCGGACGCUUGCAAUGCUGAACUGGCGAAAGAGGCUCUUGUCUACGAACCACCACCAGAAGCACACUAUAAAUGCAUCGGCGACGGCGGUAUCAGAGGCAGACUCAGUAUGAAGUUCCAAGGUCAACGCGUGGUUCCAAGUCAAAGCGUGUAA